ACGCUCCGCUCCGCCUGACGGCAUCACGUGUGCGCAGCUAGGAGGAGGGCGUUCAUAUGUACAACACACAGCCCGUCUCAGGGAAGCAGACUGGCUUGGCAACAACGACACAAGUACCGGUUUCUCGUCGCUGUCAUUCCAUCACUCAGCUCCUGGUGUAACAGGCUCGGUCUCUGAUCGUAGACGGAGCUGAGGUUCACGGAGACCGGACAAGUCUUUGUUGUUUUUUUAACCGGAGGAGCAGCAGCGUUACUGAGUGAGCUAACCAGACAUUAGCAGGUGAUGAGCAGGGGCCUUCUUCUUCUUCUUCUUCAUGUGGAUGCCCAGCUAAGGUUACCGCUGCUUAACAACACCUUGAGAGUUUCCAUCAGGCUGUGAACCCCUCUUCCAGGAUCCAGACUUUGUUCUACUUCAUGAUCGGUCUGAGCGAGUUUUUAACCAAGAACAGCUAACUAGCUAACGCUCGGCGUGCAAGUUUACUAAGCAGCAGCAGAGAGAGAGAGACCCACGCCGUUAGUUCUUACACUCUCAGUCAUGGGUUUACUGUCUCAGGGCUCUCCACUCAACUGGGAAGAAACCAAGAAGUAUGCCGAUCACAUCCGAAAACACGGAAUCAUCCAGUUUCUCAACAUCUACAACAAGGUGAAGGAGCGUCAGAAAGAUGUGCUGAAAUGGGGAGAUGAGGUGAGAAAAGAGGGUCUUUUUUUAUUCUUAAAAUGAACGAACAUGUGUGAAGACUGCUGCUGCUGCUGCAUUUGAUCUGUCAGUCAAGGUUGUGCAUGAUGCAAUCCUGGCCUUAUAUUAGAUACAGGAGGAUGAAUGGAUGCAGUGAUAGACUGAGCUGAUCCAAUCUGAGGGAAGUUGUGCUGUUACAGUCAAUCAAUAAACACUUAUUUACUUCACUUACACUUCACAAAUAGACUCAAUCAUAAUGAAUUAAUGCUAGAAAAUGCCACAACAUGUUGACACAUUUACUUUAAAGAGGAAAAAUAUCAAUGUUUACAAGUAAAACAGCCCAUAAAUGUCCAUUUUGACUACUACAUACAAUCUAAUCAUUCCUGUAACCUCAAUAUUACAAGCAACAUCCUUGCAGCUGUAUAUCAAAAUACUGUCUGUUAAGUAUAUUUUAGAAUAAAACUUGUUUAUUAAGAAGCAUUACACUAUACUCCAUAUGCAUGAUGCAAUAACUAAUCACUGUCUCACUGCUCUGCAAAAAAAGGCAAAUAUUACUUAUUGCUUAAAUGUUUACUGCUUUUUGGAGGUUCAUUUUGUUUAUUACUAAUCAUAGACUUUCAUUGUAUUAAGCUGUUCAGUAUUUGUAACCCAUUUGGAGCAACUCAGUAACAACAUAAAGCUUACUGUACAGUAAAUUUAGAUAAAUAGGCUAGGUUUCUGCAUAUAUUCUGCAUGUGCAUGAUGCAAUAACUAAUCACUGUCUCGCUGCAGUAAAAGGCAAACAUUUCUUAUUGCUUAAUUACUAACUCGAAGACUCCAAAAACAGGCAACUGGACUGUGUAGAGUGACUGUGUCCAGUUGCCUGUUUUUGGAGUCUUCAAGAAAACCGUGACCUGGAUGAACGAGAAUCUACAUGGAUGUGUUACUAACCAUAGACUUAAGUUGUACCAAACUCUUAAGUAGUUGUAAGCCAUUUAGAGCAACCCAAACAACAACAUAAAGCUUACUGUACAGUGAAUUUAGAGAAAUAGUUUAGGCUGUUGCAUAUAUUCUGCAUGUGCAUGUUGAAGUAACUAAUCACUGUCUCACUGCUCUGCAAAAAAGACAAAUAUUUGUUAUUGUUGAAAUGCUUACUGCUUUUUGGAUGUUCAUGUUGUUCACUCCUAACCAUAGACUUUCAUUGUCAAAUGUCAAAUAAACAACAUAAAGCUGACUGUACAUUUAAUUUAGAUAUAUAAAUGUGAGGCCGCUGCAUAUUUUCUGCAUGUGCAUGAUGCAACAGCUUAUUUACUUUCACUACUCUGCAGAAAAAUGCAAACAGAUUUGACAGCUUGAACGUUAACCUCUUCUUGGUGUAAGUUUUGAGCUCUUAACAAUAAUAAUGCAUCAGAUUUCAUAUAGCGCUUUAUCAGAAACCCUCAAAGCGCUUUACAUUGGCUACAAUAUUCAUUCUUAGUCUAAUAGUAACAAUCUGCAAAUGCUGGUGACUCACACAGAGCUGGAUUACUGCAAGAUACACCUCACCUAGAAUAAAAUAAAUAAGGUCAAUAUGAAGUAUGUUGGAUAUUUGAGCCCGGCGGCAUCGUUUAAUCCAACUUGUAAGUUGCAUGUGCAUGUUGCCUUCUUAACGCUGCACUACUGCCUUAUGGUCAUGUUUAUAGACUGUUUUAUUUAUUCAGUAUUUAGUGUAAGUGUUGUCACGGUAUUUGUAGAAUGUGUACUGUGUUUCAUUGGUUGGGAUUAAUAAAGUAUCUAUCUUUCUAUUUAUUGAUAGGAUAUUUACGAUCUGAAAGAAACUGCAAAAAUGAAAAUGUCACACAACUGCUUUUAAGUGCUUAUUUUUGUUAGAGUCAUUCAUUUUUUUGCAGUCACUGUCUUUUCAUAAAACUGACAGAAAGUAGGAAAGAUUUAAAGCUUCAUAUACAGUCAAAUAAGUCAAGUUUUGUCAGUCUGGCUCUUGCCUUUUUGAAGACUUUCUUCUUUCAUUCAAAACUUAAAGCACAGUUUGCGUUUCUGCUUUUUGCCGCCCACCAGCCCGCAAAACUUCAGUGUGCUUCAGCUUGAACAGUGUUUUCAUUUCCAACAAUGUGGAAUGCUGUUGUUAUAGAUUAAUCCCUCUUUCAGACAGGGGAUUACAGGGUUGCAGAGUCAAAGUCAAGGAAACAUAACCGAUGAAUCGGAAUUGAUGUGACGCUGCUGCCGUGCGAGAUCUUGAAUACAUACCCUUUGUUCUGUGGUCGAGCAUAGAUUGAAACAGCAUAAGAAGAUUGCAUGGAAAGAAUAAAUCACGGUCUUUGUAUUGAUAACGUGUCCUGCGUUUCUGUUCAUUUGCUUUAAAGGUUGAGUACAUGCUGGUGGAGCUGGACGACAAAGAUGAGAAAGUGCGGCUCGUCCUGAACGGUGGGGAUGUUUUGGAGACUCUCCAAGAACAGGGCGAAAAGAUAGACCCAAAGUAAGUCACCGAGCUCUCCGCAGGACAACAUAACAACAGCUGGAUAAGCUACAAACAUGACACCAACUUUGUUUGAUUUGUGCUCCAACAAUGUUUGCAAACACAUUCUUCCAAGAAAGAUCAUACUCAGAAAUAUGUUGUUGGGCCUAAUCACAGUAAAUGUCUUUAUCUGAGUGACAUUUAUUAGAAACCACUCCUUAAAAACCACCGGUUUGCACUGGGUUGGUUCGAGGUCAGGGUUUGUUUUGGUUCAGAGUAAACUGCCGAGUGAUUGAUAGGGCUGUCGUUAAAUCUCGGUUGAAUGAAAAUCUUGGACCAAUCUUACAGACUUGGUUUACAAAAGGGGAAAGCAAGACUGAUCAGAACAAGCAUGGCAGCGUUAUUGUUUAGUACACAUCUUAAAGCAAUUCUAAGUAUUUUACAGAGCGAUGCAACUUAACGAAAGGCACAAAAAGAAACUUGAGAAGGUAGAGGGGGAAGGUUUUAAUUCACGAAACAGGAUUAAGUAACAGAAAUAUAGUUGAAGAUGUUUAUUAAAGGGUAAAGUCGGCAGUUAAAAAAAGGUUUAGAGUUUUUGAAGAUGGUCAGGGUUGGGGUUUGUCUAACAUCAUCUGGGAGCUUAUUAAGUUCUGGUGCAUGAUAACCAAAUUCUGCUUCACCGUGUUCGCUCUGACUCAUGGGAGGAUCAGAAGACCAGCCCCAGAUAUCCUCAGGCUCCCUUAUGGUUCACAUGUCACAAGUAUGUCAGUGAUGUAAGAGAGAGUUCAAACCCCGGCAGAGAAAUUUGAGAGAUGAUCAGUGUAAGGAGUUUAAAAACCGUGGUGAUCUAAUCAUUAAUACUGCACACCUCUCACACCCUGGUUCAAAACUGGUUGAACUUCUCCUCUCAGGUAGGAGCUUCAGCGCACUGUUCACCAAAACUCCCCGACACAAAGCCAGUUUCUGCCCUCGGGCCGUCGCUUUGAUGAGCUCUCAACAGUCAGUCCAAUUGAAAACCCACAGUGCCUGUUAUGACUCUUUAUUUUGCCUUAUGGACACACAUUUAAUUUAUUUGACGUGCAUCUGCACCCUCGUGUACAUACACACUCUGCUGUUGUCAUGCUAACCCUACAGAACCAGAGGACUAUCUACUUCAUGUCAUUUACACAUCCUGUUCCCUCCUGCUUUUAUAAUGAUCCUCUGUAGCGCCUCCGUUAUGAGCUCAAAUGCCAGCACUAUGGUCAGCGAUCUUCACAUUGAAGGUGUAAACAUCAUUGACUGACUGACUGAUAUUUAAGAUUUUUUUCAUCUUAAAGCUCCUGUAAAGACUUUUUGACAUUAGUGAAAUCGGCUGAAAUUCAUACUGAUGUCUUUUUUAUGUUAAAUAAUUGCAAAUAAGACCAUCAGGGGCAUAACUGACACUUUUUCUUAUGUAAUUUUUGAAGCCUGAAGCUGCUGAGAGGGGGAAGGUGUCGGCCAAGCAGCUGAAGAAACAGCCGUUUUUACAUUCGUCACAUAACAUUCACCAUAAAUGGUGCAAAUAUCUGUCAAAAACCAACAAGACGAGAUUUUAGUUGGAAGAUGCUAUUGAAGUGUAAAGUUGACAAGAUAAGCAAAGACUGCUUUGUAAUCAUGUGGCGCCAAAAUGAAGAAAAACUGAAAGACGAGAGGGACCAACUGGUUUGUUAUCGACACAAAACUCAUAAAACAUCAGUAUGGGGAUAUACGAGCGCCUAUGACAUGGCUACUUUACAUAAUCUAGAGGACAAUGCUUAACGUGGUAAACAGGUUUCAGAGCAGCACACUGUCAUCUGACCUUUAUCAGGAAAGACCAUGCAAAUUUCAGCAAGAUGAGGCCAAAGCAGAUUCUGCACAUUUACAACAACAUGGGUCUAUAGUGGAAGAGUCAAGCUGUCAAACAAAACUGGUCUGCCUGCAGUCCUGACCCGUCACUCAUUGUAAACAUUAGGAGGGUUAUGUAAUAAAAGAUAUGACAAAAGACACCUCUAACUGUUGUCUCUGUGCUGUUUUCAAUCUUAUGUUUUGGUUAAAAUUACUUACAAAAAGCUUCUAUGAAAAAUUACAUUAAAUUUCAACUUUUGUUUUUAGAUUAAGUUUCUAUACCAGACCAGGUUAUGAAAGGAAUUACAUAACUGACGCCACGAGCAACAACAACUGUUUUAGAGUUGCCAGAAGCUGCAGUUAGAGCAGUAAUAAAUCAACAGAGGUGCAGGCGGCGGUAAGUGAAGCAUAGGUCAAAGUUAUGGAAAUGUUACAGAGCAGCUCUUUUAUGAACAGCACUCUGUCAUUAUCAGCAUCACUUAAGUCGAGAUACCGGAGUCUUCACAUAAUAGAGGCUCAUUUUCAGCAUUAACUGCAGGAAGGAAGAACUGUCGAGUGAACAUCUGUAGUCGUUAAAGUUGAUGAGCGUUAAACACGAGCUUUAUUUAAAGGACUCGCAGGUGAAAGUGUCAGGAGCUGCAGGUGUGGAGUUCAGCAGAGACAGGCUGCAUCCUCUUGUGUUUCCCCUACACUGUAUUUGCCUACAAGCUUAUACACUACUUUGAAAGUCAAAACUCACAGUUCACUUGUUAUUCAUGUGGCAGGAGGUGAUUGAUGAGGAGCUCCUGUGAACCUCUGCUCACUUACACAAGAGACGAGUUUUUGAUUUAACACUUUUCCGAUCUUUACAUUCUUGUGCUGAAGUCCACAAAUUCAAGUCAAGCCCAGACUGGUCUUUGCAAUGUCAGCCUCUGCUUUAGCUCUGACUUUGACGGUCUCCACCUGGGUUUAUACCUCUGACAGGUCCCUCAGGCUCUGGAAGCUCGGAUGGGAAGAGUCGGCUCCCAGCAGUUUUGGCUCCUCUGCAUAUUUUGAUUAUAGCUCUGAGUCAAACCAGUUUUCCCGUGUCUUGGCUCAGUGGAGUCUCUCUAUCACGACACCGCCACCGACCUGGCUGUCGAGAUUUUAUCAGUGUAAUGAGCCGUACUCACCCUCGGCUCAUGGUAUCCACAUAAUCUGUUCCCUUACUGUUUGAGUUUGUCUCAGAGUGACUCAGUGACUGUGUGGGUCAUUUAUUUAGUUAUUUACUUUACAGUGAUAAGCACUUCAGCUUGUUUUACCUUCUUUAAAUCAUUUCCUGAUCUGGUUUCUUUAUAAACAAAUGUGAACUCUUGUAGAUUUUGAAGCAGGUGUGUGAAUCCCAAUGAAAAUCCAUACAAGAUAUUAUGGGCAUCUUAGUCGUGUUUGAUCGAUUAUUGAUCCACACUGUCCUUGUUCUUGUCCCUUUGUGCUCUUAAAGGGAUAUUCUGGUGUAAAAUUAAUUUAGGGUCAAACAUACUGUAACACUGAGUUAGACACCCCCUCCAGAGAUAAAUGUUGCCGACUGCUUGCUUCUCUAGUUAUACCAAAUUUAGUAACGACCGCAAGAUAGCAAUACACAGCAGUCUAAGGAGCCAUAAACAAACCUCAACCAAAAAGCCACUCUAUAGCCACAAAUAAUGCUCAGAACAGCACCUAACUUCAUCAACAGUACAUAUAAGGUCCCAGCCAUAGUACUAGCCAGCAAAGAUCUUUUAACUUUGACUAAUUUCUUUAGCAAAGAGACUAAACACAACUCACCUACUCUCUUCCAGCAGCCGCUCGUUUGUAGCGAGACCUGUGGGGUGACGCAGUUCAAGAAAGAACAUUUCUGAUCAUUUCUUUAUCAUCAUUAGCGUCUUGGUCUGAUUGCAUUUCCAUGAAGAAAUUAUCGGAGAUGUUCUUCCUUGAGCUGUGUCACCCCGCUGCAGUCGAUGGACUGGUCCGAGGUCUCCCUACAAACAAGCAGCUGCUGGAAGAGAGUAGGUGAGUUGUGUUUAGUCUCUUUGCUAAAGAAAUCAGUCAAAGUUAAAAGAUCUUUGCUGGCUAGUACUAUGUCUGGGACCUUAUAUCUACUGUUGAUGAUGAUGAUGAUUACUAAAAGAUAAUUAAUAAUGUACCAACAGGAAAGACUAUAAGUUAAAUAAAUUAGUGUAUAAAUAAACCAAUAAAAUAAAUUCUGCCACACCUCUAUUGUUAAUAAAUAAAAUAGUAUUUUAAACCAACAGCAUCAAAAUGCGAACAGUAGUCAUCGUACCGGAUUACAAACAAUAUCUGUGUGCAGUGUGUGUACCUGUUUUGUUCCUCUUCUUCGAAACAGAAGUCAUGAGUGACACAACCAGCAUGAAGCUUUUGCACAACCCUCAAAGCCUUCAACAACAUUUCUAAAACCUGACUGAAACCAACACAAGUCUGUUGAUUUUGCAUCAAGUAUCUCAUCAUGUGGCGCAGAGUUUGAGCUCAAACUCAGCAUGAAAAAGAGGAAAAAAUAGUUUUCUCAGUCUUUCCCACACAGUGUGAUUUUGAUUUGACUUGUUAUCUGUUUGUCUUUAUUUUUUUUGCAAAGUUGUUCAGGGAUUAGAGAGAAAAACUGCUUCAAAGCUCCUGGUUGUAGAGUGGUGGAUGUUUUGCCUCAGGAUUUCUGUCAGUGAUCACCAUCAGAGAGCUCUCCCCUGGGAAUGCCUGAACCGUAGUAACAUUUCUCUUAAAAGAGGAAUUCUCUGCAGGCGGUGUAAAUGUGUUUGUACAAGCCGCAGAGUGUUAUGCUUGCGCGCUGCCCAUGACGUCGGUCUGAAUCCGUGGAGCCGACUUCACCCAGGGGAAAUACCAGAGGCAGUGGGAAUAGUAGAGCUGAUGCAUUCCUCAUUACUGCCCCUCUGUCGCACACAGCAAAGAGCACGCUCUGCGGCACAAAUACAUCCCGUUUUGUUCACCCUGACGUAUGAUAAAGCUGGAGUGGUCAACAGGAAAGUCAUUGUGAUCCUAAGACCGGAGUCUUCUCUCCAUGCUGACAUGUAGAGACAGAUUGUUUACUGCACGGUUUUAAUAUCUCUGCAGCCACCCCACGCUUUGGAGACCAGAGUAUGGCAGCUACAUGAUCGAGGGGACUCCAGGGCAGCCGUAUGGAGGGACCAUGUCCGAGUUUAACACUGUGGAGGGGAACAUGGGGAAGAGACGACAAGAGGCCUCAUCGGUCCUGAACCAGAACGAAACACUCUGCACCAUCACCUCAUUCCCAAGGUACUCAACUUUAGUAAAAGAGGAGAACAAAUCACACCAGGAACAGCAUGAGCUUUAGUCAUGCACAUUCAGUUUUCAUUAUUAUAUAAAUGCAUGCAAUUAGGAGUGAUUAAGUGAUUUAUGGGCCAAGGAUGAACCUUAUGGCUUAAAGUGAACAGAGAACUAGGGGAGGGGAGCUCUUCUUUUAUUAUGUUUGAGAAACUUUCGAUUUGGACCACCACGAUCCUCUUCUCACACCUUUGUCUAAGCUCUGUGUCACAUUUGAUGUUUAUGUUCUCUUUUUUAUUUAUUUCCUCAAACAACAAUCUCUGUAACAGAGAAGGAUCAUGGUUAAUAACAGUAGUUGUUUCCUCUCUCUGCAGGUUAGGUUGCCCCGGUUUCACCAGACCGGAGUCCCGGCCGACCCCUGUCGAAAAGGGAGUGUCAAAGUCACUGUUUUUCCCAGAUGAAGCCAUCAACAGACACCCAAGAUUCAGGUAGAGCUUGUUGCUGUGUGCAUGUGAUGCUUUUUGAUUAUAUAGUUUUAAAAAAGAAAAUAACACCUCUGAUAUAAGAGAGGAUUUGAUUCAGUCGUCUUGAGUUAGCCAAACACCAAAGCUAGUACAAAACUCCAGUGUCAGUCUGCUGUUUCAGGGAUUUGGUUCAGAUUGUGACAAUAGAUUUUGAUUUUACUAUCCAUACAUUUCCCUGUCAUUGAUAUAAGAUGCUUUUUGUGAAGAUUCAUCGUUUUAUUUGUCUGUUUUCUUUAUCAGCACUCUCACCAGAAACAUACGACACAGACGAGGAGAGAAAGUAGCGAUAAAUGUGCCAAGUAAGUUUAGAUUCAGUUCAUAUUGUCUGAUGAAAAAACUGAUACCUCGACUCUGAAUGAAUUCGUGGAGAUUUGGUAAUUAUCAAUUCAACAGAAUACAGUCAUAUACUGUAUUUUUCGCACUAUAAGGUGCAAUUAAAAUCCUUUUGGCUUGUCGGAGCACUGCAGCUACUGGAGCCUCGCUGAGUUACUGAAUGAGUUAAAUAAAGUUUGACUUAUCUGACUGUUUUGUUUGGCUUAAUGCGUAAAAUACGGUAUGUAGAAUUGGUAGUCUCACUAACUCAGACAGCAGUCUAACCAGUCGCUGAGUUACCUCUUACCUGCCACACGAACAUGAACACGCCUCACUCUGCACCUGAGAUUGAUAAAAGGGCAAUUCAACUAAUUACAAACUCACUGGGGGGAAGGGAAUCAAUUAAAUCAUUUGAAGAGCUGAUUGGUUGCUAAGCUGCAGAACUAUAAUUGGCACGUAAACAAACCUGAAAAUUACAUGAUGGUAUCAUGGGAGGGAAAGGAUAAGAUCAUGAUGUGUUUUUAAACUAUUAAUAAUGCAGUGAAAAAUAAAACGUCUAAAUUUCUGUCUGUGUUUCAGUUUACAAAGACAAGUGCACCCCAUCUCCGUUCGUGGAGGAGUUUCCUGAGGACGACGGUGAAGCGGCGAGGGCGGCUCUGCCUGAUCACAUCUACAUGGACGCCAUGGGCUUCGGCAUGGGCAACUGUUGUCUGCAGGUACUGAGCAAACAGACUGCGCACGUGUGUGUGUGUCUGUGUGUGUGUGUUCAUCGCCUCGAACAGCCCUCAUGGUUUCAAACUGUGAUGUAACACAGAUGGUGCAACGAGGACUAUUUUGACUUUUGUGCGACUGCGACUUUACAAUCCGAAUCAGUGAUGUAUAAAUGUACUUCAGCCUCUUUUUAUGAUGCUCUUUCAGGUUACAUUCCAGGCUUGUAGCAUUGACGAGGCCCGGUACCUUUAUGACCAACUCGCAACUUUCUGCCCCAUCGUGGUGAGUAGAUCAAUAAACACUGAGCUUCCUGUCAUAUAUUUUGAUCAUUUACCUGACCCCUCUAGUUAAUAUAUAACCAAUCAUUUAUUAACCUGAUAAAAGAUCUUUUGAAUCAUGAGAGAAAAACAAAACAAAACAAAAGACACUGAUUGAUCAAAGUUUCACUGUGCUUUGUCGUUCAUAUGAGAUUAGUGUGUAAAUAAAAAAAGGCCUUUUCUGUGUUGUCCAGGUGAUUUGAUAAAACAUUUGAUAAAACACCUCACAGGAUGAUAUUUUCCUUUGCAGAUGGCUUUGAGUGCAGCCUCUCCCUUCUAUAGAGGCUAUGUGUCGGAUAUUGAUUGUCGCUGGGGGGUUAUUUCUGCCUCAGUGGACGACCGGACACAAGAGGAACGUGGGCUCAAGGUGAGCGGGCGGAGCUAAAAAGACAAACCGUCUCUAUGAUCUACAAAACAAACCAUUAAGUAAAAAAAAAAAUCAGCUUUUGCUGUGUGUUUUGGUAGGUUUGAGCUCUCGUAUUGUUUAUUUUUUCUGUUUUUAAGUCAUAAAACCAUUUCAGUGAUUUUAAGUCUAUUUGUAAUGGGUCAGUCUUAAAGGCACAGUGAGGAGUUUUAACUGAUUUUGUAAUCGCUUCACUCUUAAACUGAUUCCUCUGAACAAAGUACUCAGAAAAAACUAGAUUAUCAGCAAUAAGACUGUGAUGACUGUGUUCAGGGUGGAUUUUUUGUCAGUAUUCAACAUUCAGCUUCACUUUUGGACAUCUUUGCCAUCAUUAGAUAAGACAGCUGAAGAGUGGGGGGAAGAUAAACAGCUAAGGGCCACUGCAAUGAGGACCACAGCCUCUAUACGGGGGUGUUUUAUACUCAUGGCUGACACUAGAGCAGGGUUAGUGAAGAGACAUCUAUUUUCAGUGUUGCUUUAAAAAGAGAAGCUCUACAACUGGAGCUCUGUCAGGUAAGACAGCGAGAUGACUGAACAGGAUUUAAUGUUUAUGUGAGUUAAACUGUGCUUCUGUUCUCUUUAUUCUGGGACAGCAGGGCCAUAAUAGGUCAUGUUAAACUUGCUACAAGCUCUGCAUCCUGAAAAAAGAGUCCAGAACAAAGAAAAUUAGUUUGAUAAGAAAAUCUGUAUUUUACUUAUUUACUUUCAUUUUGGAUCGAGCCACAUCUUUAAGAGGGAUGUAGUGACUGCUUUUGGAUUGAGCCACAUCCUUACAAGGGGUUUAGGUUAGAUUGCAUCUGUGACUCGUUUAAUUAUCAGUUGGGUUUGAGUGUUAAAAGAGUAAUUUACUGUUCCAAAAAGAAGAAAAAAAAACAUGCUGAUCCAUCUCCAAACUUUUGCCUUCAAAUGAAAAACUGAUGUGAUGAAAUGAGGUUAAAACAGGGUGAAUAAUGCAGUCUUCAUUUGAGUGAAAACACUGUUAGUAGCUCUAAAGGAGUCACCAGAAUCAAUUCAGCUUAAAAAUUCCUGACUGUGCCUUUUUAAAAUUAUUUCUUUUCAUUCACUGACUCAUUUAAAAAGAAUCGGGCAAACCACAAGAGCACAAACUUUGACCAUCAUUCAAAAAAAAUAUUGUUUACUUUGCAGCCGUUGAAAAACAACAAAUACCGGAUCUUCAAGUCGAGGUAUGACUCGAUCGACAGCUACCUGUCCAGCUGCAGUGAGAAGUACAACGACAUCGAUCUGACGAUAGACGAGGAGAUCUACAAGCAGCUUCUCGACGCAGGUACAGAUGUUUAAAAAAAAACUGGCCAUCAAUAAAAUGUCAAAGCUAAAGGUUGUGUAAAACUAAAUUAAAGAAAUGAAUUAAAUCAUCCGUCUUUGUGCAGGAAUCGACAAGCCGCUCGCUCAGCACAUAGCCCACCUCUUCAUCCGAGAUCCUCUGUCGGUGUUCGAGGAGAAAAUUCACCUGGACGAUGAAAACGAGUCUGAUCACUUUGAGGUGAGGAUUCUUGAACAUUUCUAAAGCACCUUGAGAAAGAACCAACAGACGUCUAACUUCUGUGCAGUUCAGUUUGUCAUUGAAAAGUUUCCCUCUUUGCAGAACUUGCAGUCGACUAACUGGCAGACAAUGAGGUUUAAGCCUCCACCUCCAAACUCUGAUAUCGGCUGGAGAGUGGAGUUCAGACCCAUGGAGGUAAAUCCCACCGACAUCAUCAGAUUACUACAUUCACUGUCAGAGGAAACCAUAAACAAAACAGACUACAAUAAUGAAAGUUUCAUUUUUGUGUUUAUUGUUUUUCAGGUGCAGCUGACCGACUUUGAAAACGCCGCAUACGUCGUCUUUGUCGUCUUGCUCACCAGAGUGAUCUUGUCCUACAAACUGGACUUUCUGAUUCCUUUGUCGAAGGUACUAACAGCUGAGAAAAAACACUCACAAGAAAGGGACGUUUGGUUUGAAUAAUGUUCUUACAGGAAAACAUAUCUUUACGUUUAAGGUUGAUGAAAACAUGAAGGUGGCACAGAAGAGGAACGCAGUCCAAGAGGGCAUGUUUUACUUCAGAAAGGACAUCUUCAAAGGUGGGUUACAAAAUAAAUUCACCUUAGAUUGGAGGACUCUAUGGUAAAUACUAAAGAAAAGAGCAUCAGAUACAUUUUUGUGUCUUUCUACAGGCUGCAACCCCGGCCUCGAUGGCACUGCCUCUGCUCAGAACGGUUUGGAGUGUGACGCCUCGAACGAGGAAUACACACUGAUGAGCAUUGACACCAUCAUCAAUGGAAAGGUGAUUAAUGUCCUCACUUUGGCUGCUGAACUUUGAACUUUGCUGCAAAAGAGGCUGAGUGGAUGAGGAAGUCAGUCUGGGAACAGUCAACCACUUUGGGUAACACUGAAGUCUGGACAUUCUGAAGGAAGACUAUCAUCAGUUUUUGGUCAGACAUCCUGCUGACUUUGGCAACGACUUUCCUUUUUUUUUCCCCCAAAAGUUCUGACCUCUAUGUUCCCUUUUUAUUUAAGAUAACUUUGACGAUUCCACAAACACUCGUGAGGGUCAGCUGCACAACAUCUGGAGUACUAGUCAGCAAGUGCUCAUGAGUCACAUGAUUAAAAACAUGCGCAUGUCAGCCUUUUUUUACUGUGAGUAAGAGACAAUUUUGGUGUUUGUGUUCACAUUACAUAACAGAGACGGUGAUCACAGACAACUAACAUGAAAAGUUGAUAAUUUUCUGCCUCAAAAUAGGGCUGGGGGAUAAACUAAAAUGAUAACUAUAUAUACUAAAAAUUAAUUUCCCUCAAUAUCAAUAUAAAACAUGGUAAAUAUGCUUUUCUAUAGUCAGCAUUCUGCCAUGUUUUGGAAGAUUAUACGAAUAGUAGGGCUGGGACGAUAUGCUUUUCUCCCAAUUCAAUCCUUUAUGAUUUUUUGGAUGCAGAUUCAAUUUAAUUCAACUUGAAAUUCUAUGAUAAUUUUCUCGUUUUUUGGCCUCAUUUAUAACACCAUUGUAACUGUUGAGUGAUUAUAAUUGUCUCCUGACUAUUCCAGGAACCAUAUUUCCCCCCAAAUACACAUCACAUAUAAGUCCGUUUUUAAGAUUUAUUCUUAAAAAAGAUUUUCGAACAUAAAAACUGAUUAAAAAAUUGUAAAACAAAAAAAGGUGAUACUUAUGUGAAUCAAUUCUUUCUCCCACCCCUAACGAAUAGCCAAUGAAAAGGGGAGUUUCUCCAGGUCAUGUGCUGAAUUAGCACCAAGUAGCAAACACCUGUGUAGUAUCAGACUGCAACUUAACGCAACCACAGCACUGUAACAGCGCAACGCCUUCCGACAAAACGUCAAAGAGACACAAAGACCUCACAGAUGCAAUAACUUAUUGUAUUGCAAAAGACAUGCUCCCAAUUAGCUCUGUUAAAUUUCUUUUGAUAUCGUGAUAUAUAUCGAUAUCGACCAAUGUGAAAAAAAAAUAUUGUGAUAAACUUUUUCCCAUAUCGCCCAGCUCUACCUCCAAGUUAAAGGUCCAGAUCUGAGAUAUUUCAACUUUUAGAGUGUGUUUGUUUAGUGAAAAGAAAAGGGAAGGAGGUCAAAUAACUGACAGAAAAAGAUAUGAAAAGUAUUUGAUGGUUUAAGUUGUAUUUGAUCGAUUUGAAAAUCGAGACUCGAUGAAAUGAAUCUAAUCUGGGCUCAGCCUUUAAAAUGGGAUUAGGAGCUCGGAGUAAAAUCCCUACUCCUUCACACUGUAAGUAGUCAGCUGAGCCGGUUCAGGCAUCUGAUAAUGAUGCUUCCUGGACGUCUCUCUUCGGAGAUUCUCCAGGCGUGUCCAGCUGGGUGAAGACCUCGUGGUAAACCCAGAGCAAGCUGGAUCUGACCUGGGAAGCCCUCCCCUUCUAGAGCUGGAAUUAAUAGCUUGAGAGAAAAUUGCCUGGCUUGACUUGAAUGAAAAUGCAUGAAUUGGUGGAGUCUGUGGAGAUUAGAUACUCUUUGUUUUCUAUGUGGCUUCCCUUCUUGAUUAGCAUUUCUGCAAAAUAAUCUAGGAAGCUCUUACAGGGUAUUUAAAGGUUAUGACGACAAGUAUAAGACCGUUUAAGUUCUGGAAAUCCUGCUGGCAUUAUGUGCUUGUUAUUGUUGUCUUGUAGCACUCAUGUUUUAUGCGACGUGUCUGAUAAUUGUUGGUAUUUCUUCUUUUUUUUAAUCAACAGGAGGGAGUAUUUCAAGGGCUCAUCCCGAUCUUAAACUGCUAUCUGGAAAACAUGGAAGUGGAUGUGGACACCAGGUGCACCAUUUUGAACUACCUGAAGCUCAUCAAGAAGCGUGCCUCGGGUAAAUUUCCAUCCAAGUUCAUAUUCUUCUAAGUUUUUCUCUCCCUGCAGCUUCAACUCUUCCUCUUUGUGAAUCUGAAACAGGCGAGCUGAUGACCAUGGCCAAGUGGAUGAGGGAGUUCGUGGCCAAGCACCAGCAGUACAAACAGGACAGCGUUCUGACCGACAAAAUCAACUACGACCUGUUCAAGAAGUGCGACAAGAUCGCGAAAGGCGAGGAGCAGUGUCCCGAGCUCAUCGGAAACCCGGUCAACAGGUUCAAAUGAGAGAAGCGUUGCGGGAAUCCCCGACGUGAUUCACACUCGCAUGUAAAGAACGACCAAAUGUGUGUGUCUCAGAAAGAAAGCGGUCCAAUCUAAAGAGAAUGCUAAACAAUGUGUGUGUGUUGUACCAAACACAUCUGCAUAAAUGUAUGUAUAUAAACUGUACCAGAUUUUUAUGAUCACAGAAUUAUUUUAUUAGGGUUAAGACAUGCACAAGGUUGUGUAAUAGAAAUCAGAUGUGUAUUUAUUUUUCUCUGGAAAUUUAAGGCUCUGUGUGAGAAUGUAAAUUUAGCUAAGAGAUGUACAGUAGUCUACUUUUAAUUGUGUGUUCUGUAAAUACUGUACUUCUGCUCUUUAAAGCAUUAACAUCUUCCGGUUUUGUUUCGUUCUUUGCUGGCUAUGAACUCUUUUUGCAUUGUAGAUCUUUUUUUUUCUGCAUUUUACAAGACAUGUUUGCUUUGCUGACAUUGUAGUGGGACCUUGAGGAUAGUGUUGCAUUCAAUUGGAAAAGGUGAGCCAUUUGUUUGCAAUGUGAUGCUGCUUAACAAUAAAUCUGUAAAACCUUAA